UUGCUAUCUGACGAUACCUAAAAUUUAUUAUUGAUGACAAUACAAUCAAAAUGUCUGCCAAUCUCGUGUGUAAGGUUCAUCCAGUUGUUCUGUUCAGCAUUAUUGAUGCUUAUGAAAGGAGAAAUGAAGACGCAAAAAGAGUAAUUGGAACUCUAUUAGGAGUUGCUGAAAAGAGUGUAGUAGAAAUUACUAAUUGUUUUGCAGUACCUCAUAAUGAAUCAGAAGAUGAAGUCGCAGUGGAUAUUGAAUAUGCACGUAAUAUGUAUGAGCUUCAUAAAAAAGUCAACAGUAAUGAAACCAUUGUUGGGUGGUUCUCAACCGGGUCAGAAGUUUCAGUGCAUUCAGUUCUUAUCCAUGACUAUUACUCCAGAGAAGCUAAAAACCCCAUUCAUUUGACAGUAGACACUUUUGUUAGAGGUGGAAAGAUGGGAAUUAAAGCCUACCACAGCACAUCUAUUGGUGUUCCAGGCAAAACAACAGGCACUAUGUUCACGCCUGUGCAGGUUGAGACGAUAUCUUAUGACCCAGAACAAGUUGGGGUUGAGGUGCUACAGAAAGGCAAACAUCCUCAAAAACGUUUUGUUCAUUUGAAAUCUGACCUUAAACAGGUAGAAACAUCCUCUCACUGGUUGAAGGAAAAUCUUCAGCAUGUCACACAGUAUGUGGAUGAUGUCUUGGCUGGUAAAAUACAAUCAGACAAUGUGACUGGUAGGUUUCUUCUUGAUCUAGUCACAGGUGUUCCACAGAUUGAUCAAGACAAGUUUGAAGACAUGCUCAAUUCCAACAUGAAGGAUCUUCUUAUGGUUGUAUAUCUGGCUAAUUUAACCAAGACUCAACUGGCACUGAAUGAAAAACUAAACCAAUUGUAAUCUGUUGAAUAUAUAUACUAUAUUAGUUUAUUAAAUUAUGAUGAAAACAACAAA